AAGUCAAAGUCUCGUUUCGUUGGACAUAAGUACGGCUACAUCAAUGAGUGUCAUUACUUGACGUUUUAAUUUAAGACCUCAAAAUAUCAGUUCUACUGACUGUACAAAUGAAUAUGUAGCAACCAAGUACUGAAUAUAUAUAAAUUUUAUCUCAGAAAUUUUACUCGACGAAUCUUGGAACUUGAUUUUCUCGAAAACAAAAUUUAAAACGAAAAGACCACGUUAUUUUUUUUCGAUUUAUUUUUGCAUAUAAAAUACCUUUCUGGUCAGUUGUGCCACUCGUUUUCAGGCUCUAUACAAAUUUUAAUAAAUAUACCAUGACCCUAGAGCCACGAAAUAUGCGCGGGAACAGUACAGCAAGAUAACCAUAAAAAGCCUUAGAAUGGCACAACGUAGUAUAACGUUAUUUUUUUCGAAAGCAAGUACGAAAGAUAAGACUGAGCCUAAUAAUGCAAGCAAAAUUGUAAAGAAUGGAGACCAAAGCACUUCGGGAAACCCUAAACGGAAAAGAGACGAUAGUGGAAAUAGCAGUGAAACUGUCAGUCCACCUAUUGGAAAUUCAAGGAAGAAAUCAGUCUCAAAAUCUCCUUCACCACUGAAGAAAAUAAAUGGAACACCAAAAAUUAAGCUAUCAUCAACAGCAAUAACUAAGGAAAAGGAAAAUAGAAAAAGUAAAACUCCACUUACUGCUACUAAAAAGAAAAGAAAAGCCAAUGAAGUAAAAAGUACCCCUAAGAAGAGCGAUGCAAAGAAGAAAUUGAAAGAUGUGUCAAGUGAUGAGGACCAGAAAGAAAAUGAGUUGACUGUAGAAAAGAAAACAGAAACAAGUGAUAAAUUUGAAUCUUCAAAGUCUUCGCCUAAGGAAUCUAAAACUAAAAAGAAUGUUAAAAAUAGUGAAAAGAAAGCUACUAAAAAAAGGUUAAGGAUAAUAGCACCUGUCGAUUCCAGUGACGAAGAAGAACAUAAUCUAUUGCCAGAGAGUCCCAAAAAAGCAAAUCUUGAUGUGGAGGAAAAUAAGCCAGUUAACGAAGAAGAAAAUUCUGAUGAGGAUGUUCUAGAUAAUCAAAAGGGCAGCGAAGAAGAAGAAAUGAAAAAAGAAGACAAUGUAGAGAAGCCUGUGAAAAAGAUACAUAAUUUUUUUGCUCCAAAAGGGAAAGAAAGUACAAAUAAUACUGAUAAAGAUAAAAAAAAGUCCUCCAGUCACUCUUAUAAACCUAGUGCCUCGAAAUAUGACCCAAUAAAUGAUGCAUUUUGGAAACAGGGAGAAAAGGUACCAUAUAUUGCAUUGACACGUACAUUGGAAUUGAUCGAAGAUACAAGUGCUCGAUUAAAAAUAAUAGAAAUUUUAUCAAAUUAUUUCCGAUCUGUAAUAGUUUUAAGUCCAGAUGACUUACUUCCAAGCAUAUAUUUAUGUCUCAAUCAAUUAGCACCUGCUUAUGAAGGGAUUGAAUUAGGGGUGGCAGAAACAAAUUUGAUGAAAGCUAUAGCACAAUGUACUGGUAGAACAUUAGCUCAAAUUAAAGCAGAUGUCCAAACAGUUGGGGAUUUGGGCAUCGUGGCAGAAGGAAGUCGUUCCAAUCAAAGAACUAUGUUUCAACCUGCUCCACUGACAGUAUCGAAUGUAUAUACUAGGCUGAAAGAGAUCGCACAAAUGACUGGUUCUGCGUCUUUAACUAAAAAAUUGGAUAAAAUUCAAUCGCUUUUUGUAGCGUGUCGUUUUACCGAAGCCAGAUAUCUGAUUCGGUCCCUAGCUGGCAAACUUCGAAUUGGUCUAGCAGAGCAAUCUGUGUUACAAGCUUUGGCACUAGCAUGUACUAUGACACCACCAAUACAAAGUUAUCCACCAGAAGUUUUAGACGUAAGUAAGAAAAUGUCAAACGAUGCCUUUAAACAAAAGUACGACGAAACUGCGCUUACUCUUAAAACAACAUAUUGUGAAUGUCCAAAUUAUGACAAAAUAAUUCCUGUUCUACUAAAAGAGGGAAUUGAAGAAUUACCAAAUAAAUGUAAAAUUACACCUGGCAUACCUAUGAAGCCAAUGUUAGCACAUCCUACUAAAGGUGUGCAAGAAGUAUUAACGCGUUUCGAUGGAUUGAAAUUUACUUGUGAAUGGAAGUACGAUGGAGAAAGAGCACAGAUUCAUUUAGCAGAGGAUGGUAAAAUUAGUAUUUACAGUAGGAAUCAAGAAAAUAAUACCAGCAAAUAUCCUGAUAUUAUAGGAAGAUUUAAAAAUACCCAAGGUGAAGAAGUUAAAAGUUGUAUCCUUGAUUGUGAAGCAGUAGCCUGGGAUAACGAGAAUAAACAAAUCCUACCUUUCCAAAUACUCAGUACAAGAAAACGCAAGGAUGCGAAUGAAGCAGAUAUUAAAGUUCAAGUAUGUGUGUUCAUGUUUGAUUUAUUGUAUUUGAAUGGAGAACCACUGGUACAACAACCUUUCAUAAAACGUCGUGAAUUAUUGAAAAAGAAUUUCAAAGAAGUAACUGGAGAAUGGAAAUUUGCAACUAGUUUAGAUACUUCGACUAUGGAACAAGUGCAAGAUUUCUUAGAUGAAUCAGUCAAAGGCAAUUGCGAGGGCCUUAUGGUGAAGACCUUAAAACAGGAUGCAACAUAUGAGAUUGCUAAGCGUUCUCGGAAUUGGUUAAAAUUGAAGAAAGAUUAUUUAGAAGGUGUGGGUGAUACAUUAGACGUGGUUGUCAUUGGUGGCUAUAUAGGGAAAGGAAAAAGGACAGGAACCUAUGGAGGAUUUCUUUUAGCUUGUUAUGAUCAAGAGAAUGAGGAAUAUCAAAGUAUUUGUAAAAUUGGUACUGGAUUCAGCGAAGAAGACCUUCAAAAGCACACAGAGUUCUUCAAAGAACAUAUAAUACCACAAACUAAGUCCUACUAUCGUUAUGACUCGUCUCUCGAACCUGAUCAUUGGUUCGAACCAGUUCAAGUGUGGGAAAUUAAAUGUGCAGAUCUUUCUUUGUCACCUGUUCAUAAGGCAGCUGUUGGUAUUAUUGAUCCAGAGAAAGGAAUAUCUUUGCGAUUUCCACGUUUUGUCCGCAUUCGCGAUGAUAAAAACAAUGAGGAUGCUACAUCAGCGCAACAAGUUGCAAAUAUGUAUAAUAGUCAAGAGCAGAUAAAAAAUCAGACAUCUUCAACAAAAGUAGCUGAAGAAGACUUUUAUUGAAUCUAACGUUUCACUAAAUUUGCGUUAUACGGAUAAUACAUGUCUUAAUUUUUAUAAAGUGGAUUGUUUUAUAAUGUAUCAACAAUUGAAAUAUUUUGUAUGUAGAUGAUUAUUGUCUCAAUAUAUGUACUUUAUUUACAAAUAUUACAAAAAAUUGUUUUGAAUUUAUAGAUUACUAUUUAA